AUGUCCAAAGAGGAGAUGGGCGACGGGGGCCUAGUGCCCCCGGAACCGACCUACAGUAAGGAGGUCGGGACCGUUCUCCCAGCCUACGACGGCGAGGGAAACGGCAACGGCGGCAAGCACGGCGCCGGCGAUGGCGCCCACUCCGAGGACUUCAUGACGCGCAACGGGCUCAACCUGCGCUCCUUCCAGAAGCGUGACGACGAUGGCAGCGGCACCGGGUAUAUUGAGCUGGACCGCACCAUGCAGGGCCGCCACCUGCACAUGAUUGCCAUCGGCGGCUCAAUCGGCGCCGGCUUCUUCGUCGGCUCCGGCAGCGCCCUGAGAGACGGCGGGCCUGCCAGCCUGCUUAUCGACUUCCUCAUUAUCGGGGUCAUGAUGUUCAACGUUGUCUACGCCCUCGGCGAGCUCGCUAUCAUGUACCCCAUCUCCGGUGGCUUCUACACCUUCUCUACCCGCUUCAUUGACCCGUCGUGGGGGUUCGCCAUGGGUUGGAACUAUGUCAUGCAAUGGGCUGUUGUCCUUCCGCUCGAACUGACUGUCUGUGGUCUCACGGUACAAUAUUGGAAUAAGGAUAUCAACGUCGGCGUAUGGAUAGCCUUGUUCCUUGUCCUGAUCAUCAUCGUCAACAUCUUUGGCACGCUCGGCUACGCCGAGGAGGAGUUCUGGGCCUCUACGCUCAAGCUCGCCGCCACGGUCAUCUUCCUGAUCAUCGCCUUUGUCCUGGUCCUCGGCGGCGGCCCAUCCAAGGGCCAGUACUCGCAUUACUGGGGCGCGCGCCUGUGGUACGAGCCCGGCGCCUUCGCCAACGGCUUCCGCGGCUUCUGCAGCGUCUUCGUCACCGCCGCCUUCGCCUUUAGCGGGACCGAGCUCGUCGGUCUUGCCGCCGCCGAGGCUCGCAACCCCGUCAAGUCGAUGCCGGGAGCCAUUAAGCAGGUGUUCUGGCGGAUUACCCUCUUCUACAUCCUGGGUCUCUUCUUCGUCGGCCUGCUGAUCCCCUACAACGACGGCGGUCUCCUGGGCGCCACGAACCCGUACGCCGACGUCAACACGUCGCCGUUCGUGCUGGUUGGCAAGUACGCUGGGCUCCGCGGCUUCGACUCCUUCAUGAACGUCAUUAUCCUGGUCUCGGUGCUGUCCAUCGGCGUGUCGGCCGUGUACGGCGGCUCCCGCACGCUGACGGCGCUCGCGCAGCAGGGGUACGCGCCCAAGAUCUUCACCUACAUCGACCGCUCGGGCCGUCCACUCUUCAGCGUCAGCAUCAUCAUCGCAUUCGGCCUGCUCGCCUUUGUCAACCUCGACGCCGACGGCCCGACCGUCUUUGACUGGCUGCUCGCGCUUUCCGGCCUGGCCGCCCUGUUCACCUGGGGCAGCAUCUGCCUCGCCCACAUCCGGUUCCGCAAGGCCUGGGCCUACCACGGCCACACCCUGGACGAGAUCCCCUUCAAGGCCAUCGGCGGCGUCUACGGCAGCUACAUUGGCUUGGGGUUGGUCAUCAUCGUCUUGAUUGCACAACUUUACGUCUCCAUCUGCCCCGUGGAGGGCGGCUUCAACGACGUCCAGGGCUUCUUCAAGUCGUACCUGGCGCUCCCCGUCGUCAUCUUCUUCUGGAUCGGCGGCUGGCUGUGGAAGCGGGCCGGCUGGCUGCGCACGUCGGAGAUCGACGUCGACACGGGCCGCCGCGAGCUGCCGUGGGACGAGAUCAACGAGUACCGCGCCCAGAUCGCGGCCAUGCCGCUGUGGCGCAGGUUGAUGCACAAGUUCUUCAUCUGA